AUGUUCAGGUUUUAUGAAAGUAAUUCCAUUUCGGAAAAAUACAAAAAGUACCGACCUCAUUAUCCGACACAGCUUGCCACAGAGACACUGGGCGAUUUGAAGGGAAAAAAAUUGAACUUUCUACUGGAUGUCGGUUGCGGUGGUGGCCAAACAACCAAUAUAUUUGCCCCCUACUUUCAUGAAGUGCUUGCCAUUGACGUCAGCGAAAAUCAACUUAAAGAAGCGAAAUCUCAAAACAAGCUUGCUCACGUGACGUACAAGCAAGGGUUUGCUGAAACACUGCCCUGCGAUGACGUCAGUGCCGACAUCAUCACAGCUGGAGCAGCAUUACACUGGUUCAAUCGACCAAAGUUUUACAAAUAA